UGGUACAUCAUCGACACCCAGCGGCUGGAGCGCGGUGGCCCCGGGGCGCAGCACCGCGAGGAGGGCGCCAACCGCAGCCUUCCCGAGCCUUUGAGCUCGCACUCUGGUCUCUGGCGGACCUGUCGGGUCCAGAGCCCGUGCACGCCGCUGAUGAACCCCUUCUGGCAGGAGAACGUGACGGUCAGCGACUCUAGCAAGCAACUUCUCACCAUGCACGGGACCUUCGUGAUCCUGCUUCCCUUCAGCCUGAUCCUGAUGGUGUUUGGGGGGAUGACGGGGUUUCUAAGCUUCCUUCUCCGAGCCUCCCUCCUCCUCCUGCUCACGGGGACCCUCUUCCUCUUUGGAGCCCUGGUCACCCUGGCCGGCAUCAGCAUCUACAUUGCGUAUUCGGCCGCUGCCUUCCGGGAGGCGCUGUGUCUCCUGGAGGAGAAGGCGCUUCUGGACCAGGUGGACAUCCGCUUCGGCUGGUCCCUGGCCCUGGGCUGGGUCAGCUUCGUCGCCGAGGUGCUCACCGGGGCAGCCUUCCUGGCAGCGGCCCGCCUGCUCCGCCUGAGACGGAGGCAGGACCAGGCCAUCUGAGCCUGGAUCCUGGCUGUGGUGGGAGGGAGGCUGGCCUGGGGCCUCACGGACCCAUCUCGGUGGGCUGUGGCCUCCUGUUCCACACAGGCCACCAGUGGAGGCCAGGGGACCAGCCCGAGAACCUCUGUGGACUGAGCUCCGGCCUGGCUGUCAUCUCAGUGCCUGUGCUGCCCAGAGUGUGUGCUGUGUCCAUGCAGCUGUGUGUUGUGUGGGCCGGAGGAGGCUGAGGGAGCGCAGGACCGUAAAGUAACAAAAACAAACCCUUAAUCAUAAACAGAACAUUACAGAUUGCAGCCCCUGUGUGCCUGCUCUGGCUUCAUUUCAUCCUCAUGGCUGCCUUGGAACCAGUUCCUCUUUGGUAAGGAAAUGGAAGACCAGAGAGGUUAAGUAAGUUGCACAAAGGUGCAAAAAGAGCUAGUGGCCUAUUUCUCCUUCCAAAAUAGGGUUCAAUCCUUUACCACAGCUUUUCUGAGCAGGUUCAUGGCCGGAUGUGGUUACUGUGUGUCACUCGGACAGGCUAAGUUAACUGGCCGAGGGCACAGGAGAGAAAGGGAUAGAACUGGGACUAAUAUUCAGAUCUGCCUGAUUCCAAAAUGAUUUUCUUUCCACUCCUGCCAAUGCCUGCAACCGCUCGACUUUCUGUCUGUGUUUGGGUUAGGACACGGCGGCUGCUUCCUUUCUGACUAGUCUGGAAGACCGCAAACCGAGCGGAUUGCUCCCAAAGCCCCAUAGAGGGAGUGAGCACGGUUGCAAAAUCAGUGACUAGGCUGGGGGGAAAAAAUGAAAAACUUUUUUUUCACCAAGUGGUCGACAGUGCUAGUGAAAAGGCGGUCUUUUCUGCCACCUGCUGGUCACAUGGUGGAACUGCGUCAGAGGCCGGCCUUCAUUAGCUAGUCCAAAAACAUUUGUUUUCAGCCAUCUGGGUGCCCAGCAGUGAGCCGGGCAACACUGCAGGGCAGGGGUUCUCAGCUGGGGCGGCUCCCCGCCCCCUCCCACCUGAGACAUUUGAAAUUUCUAGAGACAUUUUUGGUUGUUACAACUGGGGAUGGGUGCUACUGCCAUCUAGUGGGCGGAGGCCAGGGAUGCUGCUCAGCAACCUAGGGUGCACAGGACAGCCCGGGACAGAGAAAGAUCCUGCCCCACAUGUCAGCAGCGCCUGAUGUCCAGGAAUCCUGCUAGAGCCGAUGCUGAGGAAUCCUGCUAGGGGAACUAAAAUGAUUAAUCACAAAAGAAACCGUGUGUACUCAAGGCACUGACAAAUAGUGGGACAGGAUUGCACUCAUUCAAUAAAUAUUUAC